AAGAAGUUAUCGUAUCAAAUCAAAGAAAACAAGUCUACUUACAAACUUUGUUGAGAAAAUCAAGAAAAAUGAAGCCAGUUUCAUCAUUGGUAAUUAUCUUUCUUCUCGUACUGAUCUUACACACUAACGUACUAGAGAGCGGGCAUGUCCGUCCCAAUGAUCAAGACGCGGUCAAGAACAACACUGAUAAUAACAACACAACCACUGGAGUAGUUCUCAAGGACAAGAAAAGAAGUUAUAAUGGAGGAAGCGGAAGUUUUAGAUGGGGAUGGGGUGGUGGAGGUGGCGGCGGGGGAGGAGGAGGUGGUGGUGGUGGUGGUGGCGGCAGAGGAUGGGGAUGGGGAGGGGGAGGAGGUGGUGGAGGAUGGUACAAAUGGGGUUGUGGAGGAGAAGGAAAAAGAAAUGGAAGAGAAGGAAGGGGAGAGUUUGUGAAAAGAGAAUAUGCGGAGUGCAAAGGAAAUGGGAAAUGUAAUGGAAAGAGAUUAGAAUGUCCUCAACAUUGUGGAGGCUUUUGUUUCUAUGAUUGUCUCUUUCUCUGCAAACCACAUUGCCGUCGCUAGAGAUAUAUAUAUAUCCAUGCAUACUCUUCGGGUUUUACUAUACUUUUUUGGGGUUUAUUUGUUUGUUUUUCUUAUGGGUUUUCUUCUUUACAAAUCUUUUGGAGCUCUUGAGUGCUGAAAACGAAAAAAAAUAGCCAUUAUAGUAGGAUCUUAUUCAUCAAA